GUUGUAUUUUUUUGAGCCUGUUAAACCAGUCUGGAACGAUAUAUCUCACUAUUGACGAAGUUACUGUGAAAGCCACGUCGAAAAAAUGCCGGCAUCGUCAAGCGCAACAAACGUUGGAAGUCGUAGUCCCAGUUCAAAAUCGAUGUCUCCAAGAUCUGGAGGCUCAACUGUUCGACAGAGGAAAGGUGCCUCUUCCAGUGGAGCAGUGAAAAAACCUAACACAGGUUCGGCUGGGAUGUGGAGAUUCUAUACUGAGGAUUCCCCUGGUAUAAAAGUUGGACCAGUUCCUGUCUUAGUUAUGUCUUUGCUAUUUAUCGCUUCAGUCUUCAUGUUGCAUAUUUGGGGCAAAUACACCAGAGGUUGAAAACUAUUACGAAAAAUUUGAGAAAGUUGUUUAUAUCUUUAGAAAUUUUUAUGUUGUGAAAAGGUUACGAUUAAAUAAAAUCGCUGACAAAAAUCUUUUCAUUAGUUAAACUUAGUCGUUGUCUUUUUCCUAAGCUUUAUUGAGCAUUCAACAAAAAAUUUUAGGUUGUAUUUGGAUUAAUUAGAAAAUUGAUAAAAAUCAUUAAACGGAU